CGUCUUGAACCGUGCGGUCUGAUUGGUCGCCUGGAUGUUCAAUGACUGAACAGGGACAGGGCAGUAUGAACGCUCAUUGGCUAAUGUAUGUCCACGUGACCGGAACGAACCGCCAGCGCCUAAAUUCAAAUUGCUGUAUAAACUGAUUUAGAAAUUAGAUUCAUUAUUUUUUUUAAAAAUAAUCGUGUAGAAUUUUGGAAAUAAUUUAGUUUAAGCGGAGCGAUUUGGCUGAAUUGGUCAGGAUUGUUGUGCUUGCAUCAAAAAUUGAUUUCAAAACUCAAAAGGAAAUUGAACUAAUAUGAAGGAAACUUCAAUAGAACAAGAUGGACUUUGAUUCCAAUGGAAUGGCCUCUUAAAUAUGUAAACAGUUUUUAAGAAGAACAGCCCCUGCUCUGUGCUAAUCAGUGUGGAGAGUGUCUGACCAGGAUGAGAGACAGCCCCAGAAGGCCCUUAAUCCUAAAGAGGAGGAAGCUCUCUUUGCCCCAAAAGGAGGACGCAUCUAGGGAUGAACCAGAUAGGGCCCAGAAGGGAACAAGCAGUUCCAGCGGCCAGAGAUUUCCAGAUGGGAUCCGGAUCUUGGACCACCCCUCUAUGCCCAACACACAGGUGGUGGUCAUCCCCAAAACUGCAGACCUCCAGAGCAUCAUCGGGGCCCUAACUGCCAAAGGGAAGGAGUGUGGCUCCCAGGGCCCAAACAAGUUCAUCCUACUCAGCAGUGGAGGGGGAGUGGGAGAGGGCCCUGGCUCCCCCACACACAAUCGUGCUCUUCAGCCCAAGAGAGAACAGAACUCGAUUUCCAGUCGCUCUGUUGGAGUGUCUGGUCAUUUUGAGGCUUCCAAAGCAGUGUUAGAUGCCUUGCCAGGUGUGUUUGUGAAACCCCAACCUCUUCAAGAAAUUAAACCUGCAAAUAAGGAUCUUGAUUGCUCUCCUCUGGAUGACAGUCUGACAAAUAUCCAAUGGCUCGGGAGGAUGAGUACAGACAGCCUGGGACCUUGUGCUGUUAAGACUGAGGCAGAUAAAGAAAAUCUGGACAUCAACAUACAGGCGAUCCAUGGAAAUGAUGAAGACGAUGCAGGGCCUUCCUCAAAAGACCCCCUCUCUGAGAGACCACCCUACUCCUACAUGGCUAUGAUCCAGUUCGCUAUUAAUAGCAAAAAGACCAAGCGGAUGACUCUGAAAGAAAUCUACACCUGGAUAGAAGACCAUUUCCCUUAUUUUAGACACAUAGCCAAGCCUGGCUGGAAGAAUUCAAUCCGCCACAACCUCUCACUUCAUGACAUGUUUAUACGAGAGACCUCUCCGGAUGGAAAGAUUUCCUUUUGGACGAUUCGUCCAGAAGCUAACCGCUGUUUGACACUGGAUCAAGUUUACAAGCCAGUGGACCCCCCUGCACAAUCUUCAGUAAUGACCAAGCAGGUCUGCGAACAACAUCAGAAACGUGCUGUACCCGAGCUGAAAAAAACUGUGCCUGCAAGUAUCUCCGAGAGAAAGAUGAAACCCCUCCUUCCUCGCACAGACUCCUACUUGGUCCCAAUUCAGCUGCCACUUACUCCUCCACUCAUCCUGCCCUCAGCCGCACAGCUCCCCAUACUGGCCACUCAGAGGAAAUGCACUGCCAGCAAUCUGGGUUGGACCAACAAGAGGGUCCGCAUCGCUCCCAAGGUAACUAGUAAGCCUGAUGAGCCACCCCAGCCAGAACUUAGGCCUUCAAACCAGGGCUCUCCCGCUCUGGAGACCCCUUCUGUCUUGCAGUCCAGGGAGAGGAAGAAGACAAGCAGCUCCAGGAGGAAGCAGCGCCUCGUCCUCCCGUGCAACGAGGAGCCUGUCAUUUUCUUCCCAGAGAGCAGCAUCUUUGAUUCGGGGAUGGUAUCUGACCUCUCCACUUUCCAGGACACCAGAGAGCCUGAGCUAGAUAGCCCUGGGAAGGGCUUCUCUUUUAAAACUCCCAUCAAAGGUAGUCUACCAACCUCCUCCUCAACCCCAAGCAAGCCUGUUCCGGAUGAGCCCCCAAUUCUGCCGCAACUACCGCUGCAGGAGCUAUGGAGAACCACUCCUUUGAAGAAAGGGGGCGCGAACAUGCUUGAUUUCAGCCCCAUCCGCACCCCUCGUGGGGUCACUCUUACCCCCUUGCGAGAGGACUCUGCCCCUUUUAGCUUCAGCAGCACCCCCUUCAAGGAGAUGCCACUCUUUGAUUCUCCACGGGAGCUGCUGAACAGCCAUUCCCCCACUCAGCUCACUCUGCCCCACUCAAGCUCUCCCAUCUCUGUGUCCGACAGGCCCAAGAGAUGUUCACGUGAGCUUCAGGUCGGGACCCCAGUGGCAAACCGCUCUGUGACUGAGGGUCUGGUCCUAGACACCAUGAACGAUAGCCUUAGCAAGAUCCUCGUGGACAUUAGCUUCACCGGCCUAGAGGAUGAGGAGUUAGGCAUGGGCAACAUCAGCUGGUCCCAGUUAAUCCCAGAACUAAAGUGAUUCCCACCACCCCUUCUACCUUCUUUCCCCACUUCCCCCAAAAAUAAAUUACUUUUAAACUAGUAUAAGGUAGACUCACUGUGGCUUACCUGUGGUAUAUUGUGUUUUUGUUUACUUAAUCUGCUGCUCGCUGCAAAAAUAGUUUGGAUUUUCUUUUUUUUUUUCCAAUGAAAACUUUAUUGGAUUUUCUCUUAUGUCAAACCAGACGCACUGAAAAAAAGAAAACAAAAACAAACAAAACAAAAAAUACAUAUGGAUACAAAGUCUGUGUUGGUUUUUGAUGCACCUUUAGUAUGGAGUUCUGGUGAAUUUUCUGAAACUGUUCUCUACUGCUCCUGUUCUAGGAACUUUGUAAGAUUUAUGCAAAACAUUUAUGCUUACUUGUCUUCUCUUAUUACUUUUUUCUUUAACAAUUGCAGUGCAUUUGCAGGAGACCAACUGAAAGGAAAAAAUGUCAAAAACAAAAACGCCACACAAUUCUGCACCAAGAAGUCACUCC